AUGUCAUCCGAAACACCAACAUCACCAUUUCUUGGAGAAUUUGCCAGCGUAAAUGUAUUCAAAGAUGAAGCUUGUUCGAAAGUAAUGAAGUUAAUUCGUACAUCAAACGAUUUGGCUCGUGCAAGUGAUCAUGAUUUUUUAAUGAGUUUUCAACCGUUGAGACGUCGAAUGGAUAAAAUAGCUGAGAAAAUACUUCACAAUGUCAAUGUAUUAUUACGUAAUGAAAAUUUAAAUCGUAAUUUGGGUGGUUCAAGUUGGAAAGAUGUUGAUCAUGAAGAGAAAAUUGAUAAAUUAAUUGAUAUUAACGAUAUUUUAUUUGAAAGAAUUUCAUCAUCAUUAGAUGAAGCAGCUGGUUUAAAGAAGGCUCCUGAAGUCAAAUUACUUGUACCAUCUAUUCGAAAUGUACCAGCAACAUGGAGCAAAAAUGAAGGUUUUGUACUACAAGAAAAAGUUCAACCAAUUCGUCAACGUCGUAGUCAUCCAGGUGUCUUUUCAUUAGCUCAACAAAAUAGUAAAAAUAUACCAAAAUCACAAUUAAAAUUUACGGAUAAAGUUGAUAAUAAUGUUACCAUGCCGUUUAUACCAAAAAUAAGAGUUAAACCAAAUGCAAAAACACCAUUACCAGUAAUGAUUACACAAAUAGAGGAUCCAUGGUCAGGUGACCAAUUAUUAUUAGAAAAACAUCCAGAGAUGUAAGUAGACGAGUAGUAAAAAUAUCGUAAAAAAACGCUCAAGAAAGAAAAAUUGUGAAAGUACCUUGAUUUUAUGCCGUUUGUACUUACUGAGGUGUCCACGGGUAGAGGUGUGUGGAAUCAGGCUUUUUUGAAAAUAGUCUUGUAUGGAGGAUAAAAAUUUCUUAGUUUCUGUGCUUGUUUGUAUGUAGACACCAGUUCUAUGAGAAAGAACUCAUAGAAAAUUCUAAAAGACUUCAAUUAAUUCCACAAACGCAUGCUGUUCCAUGACCCACAUUACAACGCAAUUUUUUUUCAUCAUGGGAUCGGAACCAAAAAAGUUUGCUCCCGCACACCUCUAUCCACAGGUGAGAGAUUUCUCCAGAAAAAAUUCUAAAAUUUUUAGAAAAUGUUAUUGAUUACUGAUCGAUGGCGGUCAGAUUUCAUAGGCAGCCUUUGUUUAUUUACUUAACAUCAACCGAUUCUUUAAAUUAGAUAUUUUUUGUUAUCAGUAACGUCUUGUAAGACGAACUAUUUUGUAUGUAGUCAUUUUGUUAUUUUUCUAAUGAGUUUCAUAUGGUGUCUACAUACAAAC